AUGGGAAUAAAGAAGUCUACUUUACGCACCAUUAGAGACAAUGCAGGAAAGAUUAAAGCAAGCUGUAUUGCUGGAAAAACCUUGAGUGUUAGCAAAAGUUUAUGUGGUAAAGCAGCAAAUGCUGACGAAGCAAGUGCGCGGGCAUUUCCUCCCACUGUAAAGAAAUUUAUUCAGGAAGAAGGCUACACCUUAGACCAAAUUUUUAAUUUGGAUGAAACAGGUUUAUACUGGAAGAACAUGCCAACAAGAACUUACAUUUCCAAGACUGAAGCACAUGCUCCAGGCUUUAAGGCUGCGAAGAACCGCAUGACAGUGUUGUUGGGUGCAAAUGCUAGUGGAGACUUAAAGCUUAAGCCUGUGCUUAUAAUGCGCCAAGCCACCCUCCCUCCCACCAUUGCUGAGCUUUCUGACAAUAUCAAAGUGCUCUUUCUACCUCCAAAUACAACAUCUCUCCUUCAUCCAAUGGACCAAGGAGUAAUAGCAGCCUUCAAAGCCUAUUAUUUGAGGCAUACAUUUAAGAAACUUAUUGCAGCUACUGAGGAAGGAAAUGAUAAGGCCAGUGUUCUUCAAUUUUGGAAAAGUUUCAACAUCAAGCAUGCAAUUGACAUCAUUGUGGAGGCCUGGGGUGAUGUAAGUAAGGACUGCUUGAGUGGAGUUUGGCAGAAGCUUCUCCCAGACUUAAUUCAUGAUUUUACAGGCUUUGAUGCAUCAGAGGAGCUCCCAAAAAUAAAAGAAAAUUGUGUUUCUCUUGCAAAGCAAGUUGGCUUUGCUGAAGUGGAAAGUGUUGAUGUUGAGGAACUGCUCAAGUCCCACUAUGAAGACCUCUCUACAGCUGAUCUACAACUUGUUGCUGCUGGGGAAAUAGAAGAUGCCGAAGAUGAUGAAGUAAAGGAUGCAAAACCACGAGAGCUUCCCACAUCUGUUUUGUCUUCUAUCCUGAGGAAAGUUGAUAAGCAGUUGCAGAUCUUGGAAGACAAUGACUACACUGCAGAAAGGAGCAGGAUUGCA